AUGAAUGCAUAAUAAAUAUUUGUGAGAGUAUUGAUUUAGUUUAUUAUUUCAAUUAUUUUAAAUUAAUUUUUUUUUUCAUUUUACUUUAAUAGAUACUCGAUGGGUUCCCCAUAACCGAUGGGUAUUCUCUUACCCCGAAUUCGUUAGUUAUUAGACGGGAAUGAGAGUAUAAAUAGGUAGCGGGGAUGGAGGCAUAGAUUGCAUUCCCCGUACAUUAACCGCCCAAUUUCUAUCUCUAUUCCAAAUUUUCAUUUUUUUUUUCUUUUUUAAAAUUAAUUACUCGCCUAUCUUUGGGUCUGCAAUUCCUGGAGUCUGACUACUCUCGCCAUAACUGGAUUGGACUGAGCUGAGACUGUUCGAUUUCGGUUUUUGAUGGAGGAUCAACAAGGAAGAUAUACCUGUUCAUAAGUCCUUAACUACUGAGAGAGCUGAACCGAAUCGAACUGAAUUGGAACGAUGCGUCGAGAGAUCUCGUUUCUGAUUCAGCCAAGAUGCCUUCUUCUUUUCGUAGUUCUUUCAAUUUUUCUCAUAUUCGCCUUCUCUACUCCUAAAAGAGAGGAGGAACGUGUGGAGAAAAUAGAAGAGGUUCCUGAAAUAACCCAUAGAGUAUAUCUGGAUAUAGAUAUUGAUAAACAACGUUAUGGUAGAAUUGUGAUUGGAUUAUAUGGCAAGGUUGUACCCAAAACUGUCGAAAACUUUAGGGCGUUGUGCACAGGGGAGAAAGGAAAAGGUGUUCAUGGAAAAGAACUUCACUACAAGGGAUCUCCAUUUCAUCGUAUAAUAUCUGGUUUUGUUAUUCAAGGGGGAGAUAUAAUAAACGGUGAUGGAAGGGGAUACGAAUCCAUUUAUGGUGGCACCUUUCCUGAUGAGAACUUCAAAAUAAAACAUUCACAUGCUGGCGUUGUUUCCAUGGUGAAUUCAGGACCUGAUUCCAAUGGCUCACAAUUUUUUAUCACCACUGUCAAGGCCAGCUGGCUAGACGGAGAGCAUGUUGUGUUUGGUAAAGUUAUUCAAGGCAUGGACACUGUGUUUGCCAUUGAAGGUGGAGCUGGAACCUACAGCGGAAAACCCAGGAAGAAGGUGAUUAUUGCUGAUUCGGGGGAGAUACCAAAGAGCAAGUGGGAUGAGGAAAAAAGAUGACAAAGCCUUGGAGCUUCAAGAUUUUUCUUUUAGCUUUUUAUGUAGAUGGGCUUUGUUUUUAAGCUUAUCUAUGCUCUUUCUAUCAUCCCAUUACACCUUCAUUAUUACAUGAGAAAUUGUAGUAAAUGGACUCAAAUCAUAAGAUUAUGUUCGUAAAUGUUAUUAUUUUAAAACUUGUAGCAAAAUCACCCUUUUAGAUUAUUUAUUAUUUAUAUUCUCUUUUACCAUAUAAAAAAAACUCAUAAUUUUACCACAUAAAAAAAGAAAUUAC